AUGAGCCAUGGAUAUGCUUAUCCUGAAUCCAUUGCAUCACUUGAGGGGACAGUGAAUGAUUUGAAGUGUGUCUGUCCUGCCCAUCAAUUGCUCUUAUGUUCUGUCUUUCUCCUCUCACAAUGGCUUUACUACCACAGGUUUAUUCCUGAGGACUGGUCUGCCUGCAGUGUGACCUGUGGGGUGGGCGUCCAGGUGCGGUUGGUGAAGUGCCAGGUGCUGCUGUCCUUCUCUCAGUCUGUGGCAGAUUUGCCCAUUGAUGAAUGUGAAGGACCCAAACCAGUGUCUGAACGAGCUUGUUACGGUGGUCCAUGCAAUGGAGAAACUGGUGAAGAGGCUGACCUGCUCUUUAGGGGCUCACAAGAUUUUGAUGAACUUUACGACUGGGAAUAUGAAGGCUUCACUGAAUGUUCUGAGGCUUGUGGUGGAGGUGUCCAAGAGGCUGUAGUGACUUGCCUGAAUAAACAGACCAGAGAAUUUGCAGAUGAAAAUCUAUGUGUGAGCAGUCGGCGCCCCCCACAGUUGCUGAGAUCUUGUAACCUGGAACCUUGUCCCCCAAGGUGGGAGAUGGGAAAAUGGAGCUCUUGCAGUCUCACUUGCGGUGUAGGAUUGCAAAUCCGCGAGGUCUUCUGCACUCAUCUCCUCUCAAGAGAGACUAAUGAGACAGUGACUUUGGAGGAUAAGCUGUGUCACAGACCCAAGCCUACUGGGGUACAAGCCUGCAACCGUUUUGACUGUCCUCCAUCUUGGUACCUUCAAGAAUGGCAACAGUGUUCACAGACAUGCGGAGGUGGCAUUGAGAGACGGGAAGUGCUCUGCAAACAGCGCAUGGCUGAUGGAAGCUUUCUAGAACUUCCGGAAACUUUUUGUUCCGCUUCACGGCCAACUUCCCAACAAGCCUGCAAAAAUAAGGACUGUCCCCCCGAAUGGCUCCUCUCAGAUUGGACACAGUGUUCUGUUAGCUGUGGAGAGGGAACCCAGACACGAAAUGCCAUUUGUAGGAAAAUGCUGAAUACUGGACUUUCUGCCAUUGAGAACUCAUCACUGUGCCCAUCUCUGCCACUCUCCUCCUUGGUCAGGCCAUGUGUGCUCAUGACUUGUGCAAGAGACCAGAGACCAGCUCACAAGCAAUCCCCUUUGAUACUGGCUCAAAAGAAAGUUUUUAUCCAGACAAGAAAGCAAAAGAAGUUGCAUUUUGUUGUUGGUGGAUACGCCUACUUGUUGCCCAAGACUUCUGUCAUUCUUCGAUGUCCUGUGAGACGAUUCCGGAAACCAAUGAUCACGUGGGAGAAAGAUGGCAAACGACUCAUCAGCUCCGUUCACGUUACCAUUGCGCCCUAUGGCUACAUGAAGAUCCAUCGAUUAAAGCCUUCCGAUACCGGUACAUAUACUUGCACAGCAGGACCAGCUCAGGAACAUUUUGUGAUUAAACUCAUAGGAGGCCACAACAAAUGUACGGCCACCUUGUCAUCUAGGAUAAAAGACGAAGAAUCCUCAAGGAAGGUCAGUCUGAAUGAAGCUUUGCAUGGCCAGGAGAAGCAUCAGAAUAAAAUUUUCUUCAAUGGGAGCAAAACUGAAAAACGAGGACUUGCCUCUGAUCCUAGCCACCGGUAUGAUGACAUUGUCUCAAGGCUUCUGGAAUACAGAGGCUGGCCUCGGGUUAGUAUAGAGCCAUGGGAAGCUCAGGACUCCACAGAGAGAAAUAUUUCUUCGGAAGAAGACCAGGGUCAGGAUUACAACCUGCCUUUCACCAUGGUCGCCAAUCAGGAUCGUUUAGACGACAUCUUAAAAAAUUUGUCUCAACAGCCAGAGGAACUUAAGGAUGUCUAUAGCAAGCAGCUUAUCUCCCAGCUGGCCCAUGAAAUUUUCAAGAGCCAUUUGGAACAUCAGGAGUCUUUUUUCAAAACCCAGGGAAGGCAAGUCAGUUCCGCUUCAGUGGAAUUUCCAUUCACUAAGCAUUUUUCUGAGUUUAACAGAUUGUUGAGAACAUCUUCCUCCGAAGCCCACUUGUCCACAUCUCUAGAACUCAUAAAUGGUUCACGUGGGCCUCAUAAGAAACCUGCCAUCUUGAAGAAGAUCUCUGCAGCACAACAACUAUCCGCAUCCGAAGUUGUGACCCAUUUGGGACACACUGUAGUUCUAGCCAGUGGGACAUUAAGCGUACUUCUUCACUGUGAAUCUGUUGGAAAUCCAAGGCCUAUCAUUACUUGGGCGAAGAAUGGAGAAGCUGUGCAGUACAACAAGAGGAUUCUUCUUCAACCAGAUGACUCCUUGCAAAUCCUAGAACCGGUCGAAGCUGAUGUAGGCUUCUAUACUUGCAACGCAACUAAUGUGUUGGGAUCUGACUCUGUCUCCAUUGCCAUCACAUUAGCAGGGAAACCGCUGAUAAAGACAUCAAGAACCGCUGUGACCAACCAGAACUUGCCAACUAUUUCGGUUGAUAUCGGAAGCACAGUGAAAACAAUUCCAGGGAUAAAUGUGACCAUUAACUGCCAAAUUGCAGGUGUGCCCGAGGCAGAACUUACCUGGUUCAGGAAUAAAACCAAGCUGGUCACUGACCUUCACAUCCACGAUGGGUCCCUACUGAUUCGAAACGUAUCUAUCUCAGACCAAGGAUCAUAUUCUUGCAGGGCUGCCAACAUCCGCGGGGAAGUAACAGAAAGCACACAGCUAUUAGUCCUCGACCCACCGCAACUCCCCCAUCAAUUUGAAGACAUGGCAGCCACUCUGUCACUCGUGGGGCCAGGCAUUCCUUCGGUGAUAACAUCUCCUUCAGGAACAAGAAAAAUAUUGAGCCAAGGAAGCUCUGUGCUCAUAGGCUGCCCAGUAAAUGGUCAUCCCACUCCUAACAUCACUUGGUUUUACGACGGUCAUCCCUUCCAUCUGCCCUAUCAGGUGUUAGCAUCUGGUCAGAUUCUCCAGAUCCUGAAUGUCAGCAAUGAUUAUCAGGGAGAAAUCAGCUGCAGGGCUCAGAAUGAGGCAGGCUUGCUUAUUCAAAAAACAUCUCUGGUCAUCCAAGAUUACCGAUGGUCAGUGGACAAGAUGUCACCUUGUUCAGCCUCUUGUGGCAACAAGGGUCUGCAAUAUCAUCAGCUGAAAUGCUUACUGGAUGGAACCCAGGUCAACAUAUCCCACUGUGUGGAAAAACCCAAACCAAAUCUGCAACCUGUGGCGUGCAACAGAAGAGAUUGCCCUUCAAGAUGGAUGGUGACAUCGUGGUCUCAGUGUACCCAAAGCUGCGGUGGGGGUAUCCAGUCCCGGAGGGUGACUUGUCAAAAACUGACAGCUGCUGGCAUUUCCGUACCUGCGUCCAGUGAUAUUUGUGCUCAGUUUGCUAAGCGUCCAGUAGAUACUCAGAGUUGCAAUAGACAGCUAUGUGUGGAAUGGGCAACUUCGGCCUGGGGACAGUGCAAUGGGCCUUGUAUUGGAUCUCGUCUGGCACUCCAGCACAGGCAGGUUUUUUGCCAGACCAGGGAUGGGGUCUCUGUGCCAUCUGACCAGUGCAGUUCCCUCCCAAGGCCUUUAAGCACUCAGAAUUGCUGGACAGAUGCCUGUGGUGUACACUGGAGGGUCAGUCUGUGGACUUUGUGCACUGCUACCUGUGGGAACUAUGGCUUCCAAUCUAGAAGAGUGGAAUGUGUACGUGUUCACACGAGCCAGCCUGUGCAAGAUCACCUAUGCGCUUGGAGACCAAGACCUGCUAACUGGCAGAGGUGUAACAUCACUCCAUGCGAAAAUAUUGAGUGCAGAGAUACCACCAGGUAUUGUGAGAAGGUGAAGCAGUUAAAGCUCUGCCAACUGGCACAGUUCAAGUCACGCUGCUGUGGGACGUGUGGAAAAGCAUGA